GGGUUGACGACCAGAGGGGAAAAGAGAUAAGUACUGACAACUAAGAGAGACGCAUUUAACGUGUUGCACGUAUACAUGUUAACUUUAAUGCGACGAUCAAAGGAGAGAAUGGCGCAACAAAGGAAGCCCUCGCCUGCAACAUAUAGGACGAGCAUCAUGUGUUGUGCAUCAGUUGUUUGCAGACUUCCAGACUGCUCGCUGUUGAUUGAAGAGCUGCGCAACACAGUGUGAAAGUCAACAGUUUCCAACUUGCGCCGUCCAGUUUAUGGCCAACAUGGAAGAGAGUAAGCUCAUCCUAAACGUUGACGAGGAGGGUCCCUUUGCGGUCUUCUCCAAAGACAAACCCCCGGAAAGCCUCCCCCUGCCUCAAUCGUCAUCCUUUGACUCUUCAGCAUCCUCCGCUAGUGCUGUUCCCCCCACCAACAUGGCUGAUUCCUCCUCCGCUGACCCCAUGCCACAGGAGGGCAGCUCUCCAAGCACAGUUAAGCCAGACCCCAAAGAUGUUCUGCAUCCACAGAAGCAGCCAAGAAUACCAUCGCCUGAAACUGUCAGGGAAACACACCCUUCUGCAAGCACCAUAGAGGACCAAUGGAAGGAGAACUUCAGUGUCUGGACGGAGUAUCAGCGCAAGAUGGCAGAAGAAAGCUCCGGUAGUUCCUCCAUUUCUGUUGUGGAAGACUCACAAUCCCACCAAGGAGAGGGGAGGGCAAACGCCGACCUAAAGUGCCUGGGAGGUGGUGGAGGUGUGCGUGGUACUCACUUGAGAAGACGCCAACAGGGCUCCCUUUUGGAUGGCCGGCGCCACAGCAGAGACACCUACUUGGAGGUCCACACCUACGGAGACAAGAUCAAAGUGGUGAUUCUCCCCAACGGCUCUCCGGUGAAAAGACGCAGAGUUUUUCACCGCCAACUUGGAGACUCGUCCCCGAGCUUAGCCACUCCCAUCCGCUGGCUCGGCGUGAUGGGCCUGGUGGCCUAUGGCUUCUAUGUGAUCCCCAUGCCCGCCAACGUGACUGCGGUCUUCGGGGUGGCAUUUGGGCUCGUUUUGAUCUUCGUGCUGCUGUGUUUCCUUCCUACACCAUGGCCCACUCACAGGGGGAAGUCGCAGUACAGCAUGCACAGAAGAAGGUAUUCACUGGACGAGAACACCGAUGCAGAAACCCUUCAGGGCUGGAUGAAUAUAACACACGACUAUAACCCAGAGAUGUUCCAGCCGACUGACGCACAUCCCGUCUAUGUGAAGCUGGAAAGCAGCGAGCUGCACGUGUCUUACUCAAAAACCUUUUUGGGGGUGCCUAAUGAGAGGGAAAUCCUGCAUUCACACACUUACCAACUGGCCAACUGUAAGGUCACCCUUGAACCAGCAGGUUUGGCUCGAAAAAGGUUCUGGAACAAAAAGUACCCCAUCCGCAUAACCGUGGCAGAAGGAAAGACCGAGGAGGAGAGUGUGACGGCAGGACAGGAGGUGGAAGAAGGGGCAAAGAGAAACCCGCUUCCUGUCAAUCUCUAUCUGUUUGCCAACACGGGGCGGGAGAAAGAGGAGUGGUUCCAGUACUUCCAAUCUGCUUCCACAAUGAAAGAUGGAGAGGACAGCAAGAUUUCAGACACGUCACAAGGGGAUGCUGGUAAAGAAAGCCCUGAGGAGCUUCAGAAACUUCCGGUGCCGCUAAAAUCUGCGACGAGAAAGCAGCUGGACUACAGAGCUUACAUGACGCAGCUUGUCGGAGAGGGUUCUAAUCCUGCACCCGACCCCGGCCUUGGCGGCAAAGGAAACCCGACGGCUGACCAAAAGGGCUGGAUGAAAGUAACCUACGACUACAACUCUGAGACGUUCCAGUCGUCUGAUGCCCAACACGUACAUGCCAGGCUGGACAGCAGCGAGCUGUGCUUGUCAUACCCACAAACAUCUGAUGGGAUACCCCAUGAGAGCAAACUCUUACAUUCCCAUACUUACCAGCUGGCCAACUGUGAGGUCACACUUGAACCUACAGAUUUGGCUCAGAAGAAGGUCUGGAACAAAAAGUACCCCAUCCGCAUCACUCCUGCAGAAGGGAAAACGGGGAAAGAGACGGUGACGGAAGGACAGGAGGUGGAAGAAGGGAUCAAGAGAAAUAUUGAACCCGUGCAGAACACACUUCCUGUCAAUCUCUACCUGUUUGCCAACACGGGGCGGGAGAAAGAGGAGUGGUUCCAGCACUUCCAAUCUGCUUCCGCGAUGAAAGCCGAAAGAUGUGAAAAUGUGGAGGAAAUGCAUAUUUCAGGCACUUCACAAGGAGAUGCUGCUAAAGAAAGCACAGAGGAGCUUCAGAACCUUCCAGAAUCUGCCAUGAGAAAGCCGCUGGACUACAGCGCUCCUACGACACAGCUCGUUGGCUCGGAGAGUCCUAACUUUGCACCCGACCUCGGCCGUGACGAAAAGAGAAACCCCACAGCUGACCAGGCUGCAAAUGAAGCAAGUGCAGAUUCCGGGCCAGGGACAUAUCCGGCACCGGAGGUCCAACCUGCAUGGUUGAACUCCCUGAUAGGCAGGAUCUUCUGGAACUUUCUCCAGGAUUUGUACUGGACCGAUCUUGUGGCCCAGAAGUUCCAGAAGAAACUCAGCCAGAUUAAGUUACCGUAUUUCAUGAAUGAGUUGGCGCUGGUUGACCUGGACAUGGGCAGCUGCCUUCCGCAGAUCCUCAGCAUCUCAAAACCUACACUGGACCGCAGAGGUCUGUGGCUGGAGGUGGAGCUUAGGUACACCGGCUGCUUCCAAAUGACUCUGCAAACUAAGAUGAACCUAUGUAAGCUGGGUAAAGAGGACCAGGACGAGUCUCAGAACAUUCUACGGGCCCAACAAGAAGGUGGCUCAAGCUCAAAGGACAGAAUGUCAACACUGGCUGAUAGUGAUGAAGAGUCAUCCAGUCUGACCUCAUCUGACGAAGAGGACGCCUCUGACAGAAGCCCAAUGGGUGCAGAAGACGUAAACUCCGGUUGGAACACCAGCAGGAAGAUCCUGAAAUUCAUGGACAAAAUUGCAAAGUCCAGAUAUUUCCAGAAGGCCACAGAGAACGAGUACAUCCGUAAGAAGAUAGCCCAGGUGUCCAACGUGCCUUUGAUGCUCAGCGUUGAGGUUUUGGAACUCUCCGGAACUCUUGCAAUCAACAUCCCACCACCUCCCACAGACAGAAUAUGGUACAGUUUCCAGGUGCCUCCGAAAUUGGACCUCCAUGUGCGUCCGAUGUUUGGAAAGAGGGAGGUCACCUUCACUCAAGUCACAGAGUGGAUUGAGAGGAAGCUCAAGUGCGAGUUCCAGAACAUGUUUGUCAUGCCCAACAUGAAUGAUGUUUAUGUGCCCCUGAUGGCUGCUGGCCCGGACAACACACCGCCAGCCAAACGGUCUUCAAGCACCUCGCGUCAAUCCUCCAUGGAGCCUCAAGACUGAAGUUAGGGGGGAUGUCUUAUUAUUAAGGCCGCAGAAGAACCGGCAUGUUGCUCUCUCGAAUUUUACUUGGCUUAUUAUAAUCUUCCACUUUGACGCAUGCUUU